AUGAGGCAGGGGAAGUCCACGAUGGAGCGACUCCGCAAUGCGUCGCACGUGUCGGACCUGCCAACUAUUAUCAAGCUCAUAAUGAAGCGCAACAUCGACAUCAAGAAGCCCGACGCGCAUGGCCGCACCUCACUGCACUACGCCUGCAUGAACAACAACAAGGUGCUGGUAUCCUACCUCCUCUCUCGCGGCGACAUUGAUGUGGACCUGAAGGACAAGGACGGCAAAACAGCGCUUCAGCUGACACCGGAGGCGUCACGGAGUGACAUGCGGCUUUUGUUUUCCAAGAUCAUGGCGAGCCGACAAGCGCGCGAGCCCCAGUCGGCGCAGAAGGGCGUGGAAGCGAAUGAACAGAUGCUGGACGAUGAUCUGCGCGAGUCCGACAAGGUGAGCCCCGCCACCAUGCUUAAGACUUUGAUGUGCCUGGUCCUGCCGCUGCUCUUCCUCAUCUUCUACAACGGCAUUGUCUUUGCGGUUCAGUUUAUUGCAGUAACGCUGUGCUUCUACUACGUUGCAGUGGCGUACUUUGUGUCCGAGGUGGCCAUUCGGCCGCCGUGGUACCACCACCACCCCGGUGCAAGCGCACUGACCAUGAAGGGGUGCCCGGACUACUGGCAAGGGUGGAUCUACGACCCCAAGACGGACUUCGGGCUGGAUUACGAGGAUGUCGAGUUCUCAUCGACUGACCACUACACGCUCCGCGGAUGGUACGUCCCGCCACCGCCGGGGAAGGCGAGGGAGAUUGGCAUUGUCCUCGUGCACGGCGGUGGCCGCGACCGUCGCUCGUGGGAGCGACAUGUGCCAUUCCUGCACAACGCCGGCUACGGCUGUUUGCUGUUCGACUUCCGUGAGCACGGCCUGAGUAGCGGCAAGAUGCGCGGUUUUACGUUUGGCAUGAAGGAACGCUUCGACGUUGUAGCGGCGUGCGCCCUCAUGCAGUCUAAGUACGGCUACCAGCGCAUCUGUGCCAUGGGCACCAGUGUCGGCGGCUCCUCGGUGUUAAUGGCUGCCGCCAUUGACAAGAACAUCGACGUGGUGAUCGCCGAGAACGCGAUCACCACGUCGGCGACGCUGCUGGAUCAGCAGAUGGUGAUGGUGCUCAGCGGCUACUUUGCCCAGAAACGGUAUAGCGUGGAGCUGUUCCGGCUGUUCCGCCAGUGCGCCACCUUCUGGCUGAACUGGCGCAUCGGCAACAAGCCGUCAAAACACUGUCAGGCCCUGCACUGUAUCGCCAAGAUAUCGCCAAGGCCGAUACUGCUCAUGCACGGCAUGAGCGACACUGUGGUGCCGAUGCGCCACUCGGAGAUUUUGUUCGAGACGGCCCUGGAGCCGAAGCAGCUGUACUUGUGUGAGGGCGCCUUUCACUGCGGCCUCUACAACACAAAGCCGGACGAGUACGAGGCUACGGUGCUCGGUUUUUUGGAGAAGUACGGCGCUGUCUCACCACUGCCCUCACCGUCGUCCCCGGAGAGCAAGAAGGAUCAGUAG